AUGCCACCACGAAAACGAGCGGCGACCCAGAGAUCCCCGGCCAGGGGGAUCGGGAAAAAACGUAACCGCCGGACACCAGUUCAACUCCGGGAACGAAGCCCACCUCGCACCGCCACAUCUUGGACGGAUCGACAAGCCCCGGCAGAGGGGCAGUCACAGCCCCCUGAGGAGGCCCCUCAAUUUCCAAUGGAUAGUACACCGGAUAACCCGGGUGAGUCUUGCAAUUUUUUGUUUGGCCAAGCGGCCUAUUUACCCUUACCUUGUCAAAUCACAUCUACAUGCGAUGAUAUCGGUAGUCAUGUCCCGCUUAAAUUCAAGCAAAAAAUAUGGGAGGGUUUUUUUAUUGAUCUGUCUGUCCUACUCAAAUCGGCUACGGAAUUGGAGCAGUUUGAGUCCCAUGGGGAUUUACAACUUGUCAAUGGCAAGCUAUGCGUAGUCAAGCGCCAACUAAACUCCUUCUUGACCAUAGAAAAGUGGACAUCAGCUUUCAUGAUUUACAUGAGCAUCGUUCUUCAACACAGCCAAACGGCUCAAGAAAUGCUCAAGUACAUGCGAAACAUUAGGCUUGCAGCUAAUCGUUCACCAAAUUGGCACAAGUAUGACGAGCAAUUCCGGCUCCGUAAAGCCUCCAACCCUGCUAUGUCUUGGGGUGAAAUUCACAGCGAAUUUUGGUUGAUGUACAUAAACCAAUCAAAUGUCACUACCCAACAGUCGGCCCAGGCCAAGUUUAAACCUCAGGCAUCAACCAACUCCUUUAAUACUACGUCGGUAGGCCAUGCAUCACAAAACCAAAUAAAAUUUUGUAAUUCGUACAACUCUGGUAAAUCCUGUAAUUUUUUCCCUAGAUGCCGCUACAGUCAUUCAUGCAGUCAGUGCAGAGGGAAACACCCUAGAGUCAACUGCAGGAAUUAAAACCCUGCAUUCUUUGGGGCACAGUCCUAUUCUACUGCAGCCCCUCAAAAAGCACCUGCAAGGCUACCAACAUGCAAAAUUUCUCUUAGACGGUUUUACUUUUGGUUUUAGACUUCAGUACUUGGGUCCGAGGGGGGCGAGAUUAAGUAAAAACCUCUCAAGUCUUCAUUCUAACCUAUCAGUAGCAUGCACAAAAAUCAACAAAGAGUUGUUGCUUAACCGGGUGGCUGGGCCUUUUUCCCAACCCCCUUUUAUAAACCUCAAAGUCUCCCCACUGGGUUUAGUUCCCAAAAAGGAUGGAGAUAUGAGGCUCAUACAUCAUCUCUCAUAUCCUCAAGACAAUUCAGUUAAUUUUUUUUUAUCGAUUCCACAGCCUGUUCUGUUAAUUAUUCAACCUUAGAUGAGGCAGCAGUCAUUAUUGCUAAGCUAGGGCCAGGCGCCCUUCUGGCCAAGUCUGACAUCAAGUCUGCCUUUCGUCUUUUACCAAUAUCCCCUGCUGAUUUCGACCUCCUUGGUUUUAAGUUCCAAGGUCAUUUCUAUUUUGACAAAAUGGUCCCUUUUGGCUCUUCUAUUAGCUGUGCCUUGUGGGAGAAAUUUGCUACCUUUUUACACUGGCUUAUUCAACGGCACACAGGCAAUGAAUUCAUCCUGCAUUAUUUAGACGAUUUUCUAUUUUGCAGUCGUAAAUCUUCCCCAGUCUGUCAACACACACUAGACAAAUUUAAGUUUCUCUGUCAGGAUCUAGGGGUACCAAUUGCAGAAGAGAAAACCGUUGAACCAACUACAUCUCUCGUAUUUCUAGGUAUUCAAAUUGAUACCCAGAGCAUGACCAUGGCCCUACCAUUAGA